AUGUCAGAAAAUUCACAAAAUAUGUCUAAGUUACAACAGGAAGUAUUGUCCAAGUAUUCGCAAUUAGCAGAAUCUCUUCAUAGAUUAGAUGUAACAGUGAAACAGUUAAAUCAAUCAGCGAGGGAAACAAAAGAAAAUUCUAAUAAUGUGUCUGCAGAAGAGAUAUUGGAGGAGAUGAGACAGAUCGAGACUAAGAUCGGACUUAUUGGAACAUUAUUUAAGGGUAGUGUAUAUUCUUUUAUCUUACAAAGAAAGAAUGAAUUCAAUCUAAUGAAUAAUAGUUCUUCAAUACAUACAAGCAAUAAUAAUAAUAAUCAAAAUAAUAUUAUUAAUAAAGGUGAUAAUGGUGACAGGUAA